GAGGCGUGCGUUGAUUAACUUGUUGCAUACGCGUCCUGGAGAAAAGCGGAAAAGCAGAAAAGCGGGAAAGCGUACGCCCCACCCUCGUUAGUGCACAGCGGAAAAAUUCCUAAAAUGCAUUUAAUCGUUACAAAAGGGGUUACAAUUGUGAUAUACAUAGUUAAGGGCGUAUACCCUGCGUAUCUUCAUUCUGCCAGUGUGUGAGGGAAAUACUUAUUUGCGUAUUGCGGGGCGCCAAGUGAACUUGUGGCUGGGUGGGUCAGUGGUGCGGAGGUGGCGAAAGAAUGCCGAGGACGGGCGGCAGUCGAUGGUGAUGACACUGGAGGAACGCCCCCACAAAGACAAGCGUCUAGCGAAUAGCGACAACCGCACACGUGUUAUCGCUAAUCGAUGGCCGGCCAUCAAGAGCACUAAGCAAAUAAGCAACAGGAGCCGCUUGGGGUUGACUGGAGACCCCAAAGCCCGAGAAUCAGAAGACCCGACCCGAGAACGAGACCCAAGACGUCGGCGUCUAGGUCAACGCCAACGUAGCCGUUGCCGCCCUCAGUCUCGGUUUCAGUCGACGUCCACGCAACGCGCUGCUAGAAAAUAAAUAAACAGUUUAGUUGCCGUCGGCGAUUCCUGAGGAGCGGAGUCCCGAGCGCUGUUUUCCCCCACUCGAGAAAUGCUGGCCGCCCAGGAGAACCGCUUCCAGCAUGUGUACUUCGCGCUGUCCGCCCUGGUGGCCAGUGCCAUGCUCGUCCUGGUCUACAUCUCCAUGCGCUCGAGCCUUAACGAGCGCCUGCGCGAGGAUCUGGCCAAGGCGCAUCGCCAGCUGAUCUUCGAGCGGCCCAAUCCGCACUGGGACUACAGCAACAGUUGGCGCCGGAUAGGCAAUGCCACGUUCCGGCACGAGAUCUACUCGGCCUACUUCGAUGCCAGGACGGAUAUAAUAGGGAAUGUCCGCCUGGACGAGGAGCAGAUGACCAUCGGAUCGCUGCGCGUCUUUGCCAUUCUUCCCGAGCGCAUGCGCGACUCCAAAGUGAGCUGCAUCGUGCGUUUCGCGGACUUCAAGAGCCAGGAGAUUGUGGCUGAGGAGGCGGGCGCCAUGCAUGAUGUCCACAACAACACCUUCGCGGCCUGGAGCAUCAUGUGUCCGCUGCACGCCUCCCGCCACGCCCCCAUGCGACUGCCGCAGGCGGUGGCCUUGGCCUACGCCUCCAACCGCCUCAGUCACCUGAGUCCCACCUUCGUUCAGAUCAGUUAUCCCCGCAACAUGACCAACCUGUUCGCUCGAUCCCGUCCCACGAUCUCCGUGUGCGUGGGUCCCUUGCAGGAGAACUACUCUAAUGUGCUCCGUCUGGUGGAGUUCGUGGAGAUAUAUCGACUGCAGGGAGCCAGCCACUUCUACUUCUACUACGUGGAGGCCAGCGAGGAUGUGCGUCGCGUUCUGGAGCACUACCAACGGAUCGGCCUGGCCGACGUCUUCGAGUGGAAUGUCCAGGCGCAUCUGCAGGACGUCCACUACGCCGGAAUAGUGGCCCAGUUCAACGACUGCGUUUACCGGGCGAAUGUGGUGGACAACUUCCGGUAUGCGGCGGUUGUGGAUCUGGACGAGGUGGUGAUGCCGCUGAAGCACAACACCCUGGCGGACUACCUGCGCCAGUGCGACGAGGGGCGCACCGCGGGCUUCGUCUUCCGCAACGUCUUCUUCCACCGGCGGGACAGCAACGACACCUACAACGCCCCCGCCCACGUCCUCAACCGGUUGCUAUACACCCAGUCGAAGGUCCGGAGGACCCUGGAGGUUCUGCCCGCCUACGUGCGGAGCAAGGUGGUGGUGAAUGCCAGGGCCAUUGUGGAGAUGGGCAACCACCAGGUGUACCGCUCGGCUCCCGGGUACGCGGACCAUGUGGUGCACCCGACGGUGGGGCUGCUGUUCCACUACCGCGACAAGUGCAUCAACUGCAAGAUGGUGCUGAUCGUGGACUACACGGCCCGGAGGUUCGGAUCGCUGCUCUUCGACCGCGUGGACAACACGUGCCUCGAGGUCUUCCUAAACCGCGGCGUCUGCGAUCUGGUGUAGCGUGGCCCAAUCAGUGGUUCGAUCUUCGACAGACGCCCCCUAAAAACCAGAGAUCUCGCGGGUCAGUUGAUUGCGUGGCCCCAGCCCGUCGACAUGCUGAAGUUCUGCUCGCUGCGAAGGGGCAAGGAGCCUGCGAGUGCGACUCCGAAAGUGGCCAAGAGUGUACGACAAAUUAGUUUAAGUCCCAGCCGUUUCCCCUAAGUGUUAUGCCGUAAUAAAAUGUGCUUUAAGUGAUUUGUGAUGUAA